GCUGAUGCAGCUGAGUUUCUAAACGCAACUCCCGAGUUAACGCGUCGACAUCUCCGCGGUCCUCGAGGUGUCGCUUGCGGAGAGCGAGCUGGUCGUAAACCGGCUACCCAUAUUAUAAUAUCAUAAUCCUCGGUACGAUUUCAUGUGCGAUGUGGCGGUUAACGGUCGCUUUCUUUAGCUCGCGUUAGCAGCAGUGGAUGCUCAUCAAAACAAACAGCAUUUUAUUCGUAAACUUUCUUUUUUCUUCAUAGGGUGAUUAUUUUUUUAAAGGAAAAUAUUUCUGUAAAAGUCAGACGUAUGACUAUUUAAAACUGAUUCGUUGUGCUGUUGUGAAUUAGCACAUGAAUCCUCCUGUGGCUCCUCGUUAAUAACGCACCGACAGGGCUUUACUGAUUGCAUCGUGUGCAGACUGAAGACUGGUUUAUUGUGAGGAUGCAAGACAACACAGGGACGGUACUGCACACAGGCGACUCUUGUCUCACUCAUAAUGUGACACGUGUAAUUUAAAUCCCACAUGGCUCGAUUAAAUAAACAACAAUAGCAGCUUUAUAAAACCUUGAGUAACAGGAAAUGUUUUAGUUUUCCCUCUUUGUGUGACCAAGGAGGGCUUCAAGGAGGAGGCUGGCGUUAUUCACUCAACAAAUCCAAGAAAAGACUAAAACCAUCCACAAAUGUAUCCCAGUCGUACAACCGUAGAAGGCAACACAGUUUGACUUUAUUACAGUUGCCGCUGUUAUUUUCACUAAAUGUACAUUCAUUCAUGGCCUUACAACUGCACUAUUACUCCUGUGUAACAUUUGCUGUAACUAUAGCGACCGGCUGUAUCAGGAAACAAUCUAGCCAUGAACAGAAACCACAUUGUGAUUUAGAUUUAGUUGUUUUUAGUACAGACUAGUGGGUUCUAGGCUGAGAGCCACAGAUGUCCCCAUGUCCGGGCGAUAAUAAUUAGUAAAUUGUCUUAUCGCCCAACCGUAUAUGCAUUAUUAAAAAUAGAGUGGAGAAACCAAAGUAGUGACGCAUUGCAUGUUUACGUACUGGCUAUUUCUAUGGUAUAACACAAUAUGGACAACAGCGACAAAACGAGCAUUUGAUUAAUUUUACCGCUGUUAUUCAUCAUCGUGUCCUCGUCCCGUCGUCCCUUCCCAGCCCUGGCGAUGAACCAGAAGGUAGCCCCUCUCACUGUUUUGUGAAUCGCUAUCUCCACUGAUCCAGAAACUGCCUCUCAUGUCUUCCCAGCCUGGUGGCCAAGCCGGCCUCGCCACGUCCGAACUGCAACACGGACUCCGAGGAGGACGCGAUGAACGGAGGGAUGCACACCUUCAACCAGAUGCACAUGAGGAAGGCUUUCCAGCUGAUGAAUGACCUGAGGAGUAAAAAGAUCCUGUGUGACGUCCAGCUGGUGGCGGGGAGCGUCGAAGUGCCGGCUCACAGGGUGGUCCUGUCGUCCUGUAGUCCCUACUUCUGUGCCAUGUUCACAGGUGACAUGAGUGAGAGCAAAGCCCAUCAGGUGGAGAUCAGGGAGGUGGACGGACAGACCCUCAGGAAGCUGAUCGACUACAUCUACACGGCGGAGAUAGAGGUCACAGAGGACAACGUCCAGGUUCUGCUGCCAGCAGCCAGCCUCCUCCAGCUGAUGGAUGUUCGUCAGAUUUGUUGUGAGUUCCUUCAGUCUCAGCUUCACUCCACCAACUGUCUGGGCAUCAGAGCCUUUGCUGAUCUGCACACGUGCACACAGCUUCUCGACCAGGCCCACGCAUACGCCGAGCAGCAUUUCUUUGACGUGGUGCAGGGAGAAGAGUUCCUGGGCCUUUCUCUGCAGCAGGUGUGCAGCCUCAUCUCCAGCGACAAACUGACGGUGUCCACAGAGGAGAAGGUAUUUGAGGCGAUGAUUUCGUGGAUCAAGUCCGAUAAGCCGGCUCGUCUGGAGCACAUGCCCAAACUGAUGGAGCAUGUCAGACUCCCACUGUUGUCUAGGGAUUACCUGGUGCAGAUCGUGGAGGAAGAGGCUUUGAUAAAGAACAACAACACCUGUAAGGAUUUUCUCAUAGAGGCCAUGAAGUAUCACCUGCUGCCGGCGGACCAACGGCACCUCAUCAAGACAGACAGGACCCGGCCACGCACUCCCAUCAGCAUCCCAAAAGUGAUGAUCGUGGUGGGCGGACAGGCCCCGAAGGCGAUCCGUGGCGUGGAGUGUUACGACUUCCAGGAAGAUCGAUGGUACCAAGUAGCGGACCUGCCUUCAAGACGCUGCCGGGCCGGUGUGGUUUCCGUGGCGGGCCGCGUCUACGCGGUCGGGGGCUUCAACAGUUCACUGCGGGAGCGAACGGUGGACGUGUACGACGGCGUGAGGGACCAGUGGACCGCGGUGGCGAGCAUGCAGGAGAGGCGGAGCACGCUGGGAGCUGCUGUGCUCGGGGAUUUACUGUACGCCGUGGGGGGCUUCAACGGCAGCAUAGGUCUGUCGACAGUAGAAGUCCACAAUUAUAAAACCAACGAGUGGAUCUACGUCGCCUCCAUGAACACCAGACGCAGCAGCGUGGGUGUCGGGGUGGUGGCUGGUGAGACCAGAAGUAAGUUGUAUGCAGUAGGAGGCUAUGACGGAGCAACCCGUCAGUGUCUCAGUACAGUGGAGGAGUACGACCCCGUUGCUGAUCAGUGGUGCUACGUAGCUGACAUGAGCACCCGACGCAGUGGAGCAGGGGUCGGUGUGUUGAGUGGCCAGCUGUAUGCAGCAGGAGGACAUGACGGCCCCCUGGUGAGGAAGAGCGUCGAGGUGUACGACCCACACACCAACAGCUGGAGGCUGGUCUGUGACAUGAACAUGUGCCGACGUAACGCAGGCGUCUGUGCCAUCAACGGGCUGCUGUACGUGAUCGGAGGAGACGACGGCUCCUGUAACCUCUCCUCCGUCGAGUUUUACAACCCGGCCAUCGACAAGUGGAGCCUCAUCCCCACGAACAUGUGCAACGGACGCAGCUACGCAGGAGUCGCGGUGAUUGACAAGCCGCUAUGACCGGGCGCCGCCCCCAGCCUCAGCAGCCGCUCUCCCAGAGACUCGGGGCGCCUGAGACGGCGAGCGCCGCGCCAACGCUUCCAGUCCACAGCUGGUUGAAUCCAGGAUGCAAUUAUUUAUUUAUUUUGCCGCUAAAACCACAACCUGAUUUAGUUGCCAUGCUCGUUUAAACGUGUGAGAUCCUGACUUUCAAAAGGACAACGUUGCACUGGACCAGCAGACGAUAUCCACAAGAUGACGGGCUCGCGAGAACCGGGGACUUUUUGUGGUUUGCGAUCCUUCAACUGAAAAGCGCACAAGCAGCGGCUGUGUCGGCUGGACGGUCACGUGACGGACCGCGUCAGACCUGGGAAACGGAACACUUUGAAACACCAGCUGGCCGAUUCCCGGCCGCCCUUUUACCGUUAUCGGUGUCGCUGCAAUUCCCAGGACUUUGUGAAUCCGGCUCGUCUGCAGGAGCGUUCGCCAAGAUCCUGGAACUCGCGGGAGACUUUUUAAAAGAAGUCACGGCGACGCGGGUCCCGCCCCGCCCGGCAGCGGGUGCAGCUGUUGAGGGGUUUGCAAAAGGCUGCCGGAGCGUAUCUGCUCCGCGCCCGGAGGCCUGCACCCAGAGACACGCACGACAGGUCAAAGAAUGUAGAAAACAUCCUGUAUGCAAAUCUGCAAUGAUAUUUAAAUAUUUGUAAUAUUGUUUUUAAAGGGGUUGAAGAACCACUUGCCGCGGCUUUAAAACCCGAAACCAGUCGAUCCGGGUCGACGCAGCAGGACUCGAGUCUGCUGUGGACACACUACUGAUGCACUGAUCACUUGCACUGACUGAUCCCAGACCUGCUGCCAGCCGGCUGUCUGCUCAUCGUACUCGUGGGAGCAUUUAAAGUCGCCACUGAACGGCCAAAUGUUUCAUCCGAAAUGUAAAAAACAAAUGAUGUGCCAGUUCUGCCGAUGACAAAAUCUGUUCAUCACAACCUGAAAUGAGGAAUCGUUGCAUGUGAAGUGUCAACAUGCACUGUAGAACUGCUACUGUAAGCCUAAAAUGUCAAAGAUGCAGGUUUGUAUUUAUUGUUUUGAGGCGUGGGAUCACAUCGCACUCUUUCCUCUCAAAGCGAGCUUCUCGUUUCUGUCCCUCGGGACGACGUCGGCCGUAUUUUAGAUGUUGGGAGUUGUUCCGUGGACUGACCGGUGCCAUAGCUUUGGAAGAAAAUCGAUUCAUAGCCAAACGUUUCACUUCUGCCUGCAAUCUUCCAGACAUCAUGGAUGCGAUUGAAUGUCAUUUCUAAACCUUCUGAGAGCAAAAAGUGAAUGGAAUACUUAAAAAAACCAAACAUACUGUUGUUUGUAUGUUGAACCUCCUGGACGACAGUCCCACCUCGUGCAUUUUGACUGACACAUUUUGUUUUUCACGGCUUCCAGGAAGUGAUUUUCCGUUAAUAUAAAGUCAAAACUUGCUUGAGAUACUGCAAGCAUUUAAAAAAAAAAAAAGGGAAUCUCCAUUGUUUACGGGCAAACAUUAGUUUUAUAAAUUGUUCUAUAAAAGUCUUAAAUCCACGCUCUGAAUUCCCAGAGCACCGCUAAACAUUCCCGACCGUUAUUGUGCAACAGCGCAGGCAGAUGGCAAACAGAUGCUGUGGUGCAUUCAUGCGUCUGCAGGUGGGUCAGAAAAAUCCCAAUCCAGGAGCCCAGCAGACGAUCCGGAGCGGAAUCAGAAGUGUCUUGAGUCGGAUGUCGAGAUGUCUGAUGCGGUUUGAAAUAAUUAAUUCUGUAUUUUUCAAUUGGAGACACAAAUAAUGACUUUAGUCUCUAUUCCUUGAUCGAAUAGAAACUAGUGGCUACCCAAACUAGGUUUUUGUUAUGCUCCAGACAAUAAUGCACAGGAAGCGUAACUCUACAAUAAGAUUUUGACAGUUUUUUUUUUGUGUUCAUUCUUGACAUCGACAAUAAUUUGACGUCACGGUCCAUUCGGCCGGCGUUCUGGAGCGCGUGAUCGUAUCCCUCUGGGCUGAUGCUUCUCAGCUAGUGAACCUGCUGAUGAUGUCAUCACGCUCUGUGAUGCUGACGAAGAGUUUUCCCCAGAGACGACUCAAAAGCUGAGAAAUGGACCGCGACGGGAGAUCUUUAGUUUUUUUUGUGCAACGGUUUGGAAAUUCUCAGAUGAAUAAUCUCACUGGGCAGGUGUUAUAUUUUUUUAUAUAAACCGUGGAUGUUGCAAACUUAACCGUUGUCGCGAGUUCAUUACCGGUCUCUCGUUGUGGAGAUCGUGACGUUUGAACUUUCACACUUUCAGAGUCGAAGCUCGUGCAAUGCAUCCGUGUCAAACUUGAAAUAAUUUAAAUGAACUGAACUUAUUCCGCUGUCUUCUUUUCAACUGGCUUUGGUCUGAAAUUGUAAAAUUCCAUGAGGUGUAAUUUUAUAUUCUAUAUAAAAUUUUGUAAUUUCA